AUGUAUGCAAUUCAUCUUCUACUCCUUUUCUUUCUAUGCUUUGUUUUUGUGGAUUCUUUUGAAAAUUUAAAAGCAUAUGGUUGCUAUGUUCUUAAAGGGGGGAUUGACAAUGCAUUAACACUACCACGUACAAUAACUCCUAUUAGUAGUGAUAAUUUAUCCUCAACUGAUGUGCACAUAGUAUGUGUUUCAAUGGUUAAAGGUGGUGCCUUUCGGCAUGGAAACUUGAAAGUUGGGGACAAAUUUGACUUGACAAAUAUAGAGCAUGAAGCUAAUAUUUUUAUACCAAAGCCUUUAGUAGAAACUGGAAUAUAUGGAAGUGAUUCUGGAUAUUUAAUUAUCCCAACUUGUAAAUUAGCCUUAAUUAAAGUUAUGGCGCCUACAACCUUACGUUUACAAAUAGGAAGCCCCUUCUUUAUUGCACAAUGCAUUAAUAUAGAACCUCCACAGAGUAAGCAUACUAAAGAUCCUGAGGACUCAUUUAUUUUGGGUGCAAAUAUUUCAUUUAGAGAUAAACCAUUUGAAUGUAGAUUUGACAAUUCAUUUGAUGGUCAUAAACAUCCAAUUGUGUUUUGGACAUGCUAUUCACGUGUAAAUGAAUUGGUAGUUACUGAAAUGACAGAUAAAGUUACUGUAACUGAAAGAGAAGUUAUUGCAAUGGCAAAAGACAAUGGAAGUAUGCAAGGUAAAAUAGCAAUAGAGGCUCUGUGUAGUGGUACAAUAACAUUGAGAAGUCAUGGGAAAAUAAGUAAGAAUAAAGAAUUCCUUCAAAUUCGAUGCAGUGAUGAAACACAUAUAAGGGGUGCUUUAAUUAAGGAUCUUACUAAGAAACAAAGUAACUGA